UGGGGAGAAAAAAUAGGGUAAAAAAAAACCAGCACACUUUUACAGUGUUAGUUUCAUCAGCCGUUGUACAAUCUGAUACAAAAAACAGUGAAAAGGCUUAAUUUUGACUGCACUGGGCCUUUAAAGCCACACAAUCCAUAAGUUAUCUGUCCCCUUGGCUACAAUACAACAAUUAACAAAUAAAAAACAAACAAACCAUUAAAAAAAACAAUGAAUGUAUUUCAAAAAUACAUAUUUCUGUUAUCUGUAAAGAAAAUGGACAAUGAAGUGUAUCUUUUCUUAUUUCCUGGGGCAGGUGUUUGGUCAUGGCAAGGCCAAUGGGGAGCCAACCUGGGCACUGUUACUGACAGGACUCAUCGCUGAGCUGGGCAUCCUCAUAGCCUCUCUGGACAUGGUGGCCCCUAUCCUCUCCAUGUUCUUCUUGAUGUGCUAUCUGUUUGUGAACUUAGCCUGUGCUGUGCAGACUUUACUACGGACACCCAACUGGAGACCUAGGUUUAAAUAUUACCACUGGGCUCUGUCUUUUCUGGGUAUGAGUAUGUGUCUGGCUCUGAUGUUCAUCUCCUCCUGGUACUAUGCCAUCGUGGCCAUGUGCAUCGCUGGCAUGAUCUACAAGUACAUUGAGUACCAGGGAGCGGAGAAGGAGUGGGGAGAUGGGAUACGAGGUUUGUCCCUCAGUGCUGCGCGGUACUCUCUGCUACGGCUGGAGCAUGGACCACCUCACACUAAAAACUGGAGGCCCCAGGUCCUGGUGCUGUUGAAGCUGGAUGAGGACCUCCAUGUGAAGUAUCCCCGUCUGUUGACCUUUGUCUCCCAGCUGAAGGCAGGGAAGGGCCUGACCAUAGUGGGCUCUGUCAUCCAGGGACAGUUCCUGGACAGCUACGGAGAAACACAGGCCUCUGAACAGGCCGUAAAGAACAUGAUGGAGAUUGAGCGGGUGAAGGGUUUCUGCCAGGUGGUUGUGGCGUCCAAGGUGAGGGAGGGCAUUGCCCACCUGAUCCAGUCCUGUGGCCUGGGGGGCAUGAAGCACAACACAGUGGUGAUGGGAUGGCCCUACGGCUGGAGGCAAAGUGAAGACCCCCGCGCAUGGAAGACAUUCAUUAACACAGUCCGCUGUACCACAGCAGCCCACCUGGCUCUGAUGGUGCCCAAGAACGUGUCCUUCUACCCCAGCAACCACGAACGCUUCACAGAUGGCACCAUCGAUGUGUGGUGGAUCGUCCAUGACGGAGGAAUGCUCAUGCUGCUACCUUUCCUGCUCAAACAGCACAAGGUUUGGAGGAAGUGUAAGAUGCGUAUCUUCACUGUGGCCCAGAUGGAGGACAACAGUAUUCAGAUGAAGAAGGACCUGGCUACAUUCCUGUACCAGCUGAGAAUAGAGGCAGAGGUGGAGGUGGUGGAAAUGCAUGACAGCGACAUCUCGGCCUACACGUAUGAGAGGACUCUGAUGAUGGAGCAGAGGUCUCAGAUGCUCAGACAGAUGAGGCUGUCCAGCGCAGAGCGAGAAAGAGAGGCCCAGCUGGUAAAGGACAGACACUCUCUGAUCCGUAUGGGCAGCCUGUACUCAGACGAGGAGGAGGAGGUGGUGGAGCCUGUAGCUGAUAAGAUCCAGAUGACCUGGACCAAGGAGAAGUACGAGGCAGAAAGGAGGAACAGGAACAACGCACCAGAGAACUUCAGAGAACUCAUGAGCCUCAAACCGGACCAGUCCAAUGUGCGGCGGAUGCACACGGCAGUGAAGCUGAACGAGGUAAUCGUCAACAAGUCCCAUGAUGCUCGUCUGGUGCUGCUCAACAUGCCGGGGCCGCCACGCAACACAGACGGAGACGAGAACUAUAUGGAGUUUCUGGAGGUGCUGACGGAAGGUUUGGAGAGAGUGCUGCUGGUGAGAGGAGGAGGACGAGAGGUCAUCACUAUCUACUCCUGACCUAUCAGAAACCACUGGGGUCAUAGGUCAUGACACUGCCUCGACAGGAAACAUUCCACCCCGACCA